UCGUAUCCCCCUCUAAUGCUCGAGUAAGAGAAAUAGGUUUUACUGUUGUGACGUUUUGAACUUAAAAAGGUGAAAAAGCCCCUUACAUAAGCGUUUGAAAGACGAGGACUGCUUAAACUGCCAGCUAAGUAGACACAAGAAGAUAUAAAUAGCAUCGCGCGAUAGCCCCUCUACAAGUUCUAACCACUUCAUAGUUCAUUCACAAUUAGUACCAAGCUCUCUUCCCGGCGGCACGGAGCCGGGUGCUCGUUCAUCCCUCAAUUCCAUACGCCUAUCGCUCAACGAACUUACGAAUAGUUUAUAAUAAAAAAAAAUGGAUGUUAAAAAGUUUUUGAAAGACGCCGCUAUACAAAUAGGAUCCGGCGGUUCUGCAGGGUUUGUGGAAGUUUGCAUCAUGCAUCCGUUGGACGUUGUCAAGACGAGGCUCCAGUUGCAAAACCAAAUCAAAAAGGGCAGCCCACACCACUACACAGGGAUUGUCGACUGUCUUGGAAAGAUGAGACAGCACGAAGGGGUUUUCGCAUUUUGGAAAGGGAUCAUUCCGCCUAUUCUGGCAGAAACUCCGAAACGAGCCGUCAAAUUUGUUUCGUUUGAACAGUAUAAAAAAAUUUUCUUGUUCGGCUCACCGACGCCGACUCCUUUGACUUUUUCUUUGGCGGGCGUCUUCGCCGGCAUGACCGAGGCCUUUUUCGUCAACCCGUUCGAAGUCGUCAAAGUGACGAUGCAAUCCGACAAAACGCACAUGAAAGAGCUUCCGAGCACAUGGACGACGACAAGGCGGAUUAUCGUUACGCAGGGGUUUGGAGGGAAAGGUCUAUACAGGGGCAUUACUGCUACCAUUCUGCGUAAUAUGGUUUUUAAUGGCAUAUACUUUGGUUUUUACCAUUCUAUGAAAGGAAAACUCAGUGGAGUUAAGGAUCCAAGGCUGGAAUUAAUAUACAAGUUAGGACUCGGAUUUGUCUCUGGUGUCCUUGGUUCCUGUUUUAAUAUUCCAUUUGAUGUGGCUAAAAGCAGGAUUCAAGGACCUCAGCCAACUCCUGGACAAAUUAAAUAUGCUUCGACAGUAGACACUAUGAUGAUUAUUUACAAAGAAGAAGGAUGGCGAGCUUUAUAUAAAGGGCUUGUUCCCAAAGUGAUGAGACUUGGUCCUGGUGGAGCUAUAAUGUUAGUUGUAUAUGAGCAUGUCCAUUCUUAUUUAACCACAAUUUACAAUACUUGAAAGUAUACACUUUUUUUUAGUAUGUACUU